AUGCCCAACAUAUUUAAGCAGCAGUUGAGCAAUACGCCUCGCGAGGUAAUUAACUGGAAACUAGGUCUGGGGAUUUUAUGCUUCGGCAUUAUGGGAGCUAGUCGAGGAGUUGACGAAGGGCUUAUCUCAGGGACGGUGCAGCAAAAAUCGUUUAUCGCUGAAUACCACUUGAAAGAUCCCAACAUGAGUGAGGAAGAGAGGGCGGAGAGAUUGGGAAACAUAACUGGCAUGGUUCAGAUCGGAAGUAUUGUGGGUGCACUACUCGCAUUCAUCGUGACGGACCGUAUCGGACGCAUCCAGGCAACGCGACAGCUCUGUGCAAUUUGGGUCAUUGGUAUCGUGAUAUUCAUGACAGCAAAUGGUCGGAUCGGGCAGGUGUACGCUGGCCGGUUCAUUGCUGGCAUUGGGGUUGGACAAACUACAGUGGUUGCUCCCACGUAUCUAGCGGAGGUUUCCCCUCGAGCAAUUCGCGGCCUUUGCAUGUGCUCAUUUUCCGGCUCGGUGUAUCUUGGUAUCAUGCUGAGCUAUUUUGCAAGCUGGGGUAGUUCGAUCCAUAUUAGUGACGGCUCUAAUACACAAUGGAUUGUGCCGACAACACUACACAUCAUCUUCGCUGGAAUCAUUUUUGUACUCUCGUUCGCGGUUCAUGAAUCGCCUAGAUAUUUAAUCAAGGCCAAGAAACAAGAGGAGGCUCUUAAAACCAUGUCAAUAUUGCGCAAUCUCCCAACUGAACAUCCAUACAUUCAGACAGAGAUGAUGGAUAUCCAGGAGCAGUUAGACCGAGAACACGAAGCAACCUUGGGGUCACACUUCCUUGGCCCACUUAAGGAGUUGUUUCUAUUACCCUCUAACCGGUACCGUAUCAUGAUCGGGCUGAUGUCACAGCUGCUCAGUCAAUGGUCGGGAGCAAACAGCAUAACCAUCUACGCGCCCGAAUUUUUUGCCAUGUUGGGGACGACAGGGCAAUCGGAGAAACUUUUUGCCACGGCAAUUUUUGGUGUCGUUAAACUGGUGUCUUCUCUUAUCUGUGCCCUCUUCCUGGUUGAUUUAUUGGGACGCAAAAGGGCUCUUGGAUAUGGAAUAUCAUUCCAAUUUCUGAGCAUGCUCUACGUGGCAAUUUACCUAGCAGUCAUUCCAUCGAUCGAAGGCGGGUUCAAGCCGGAAGGGCACUCAAAGCGCGCUGGCACAGCAGCAAUUGUGUGCAUAUAUGUAUCUGGAGUGGGUUGGGCACUUGGCUGGAAUAGCAUCCAGUAUCUCAUCAACGCGGAAAUAUUCCCGCUUCGAGUGCGAGCCCUGGGUACAUCGAUGGUGAUGUGCUUUCACUUCGCAAAUCAAUAUGGUAAUUCGAAAGCUGUCCCGACCAUGCUGCUUGACACAGCCAUGAAGCCUUACGGGACUUUUUUCUUCUUUGCAGCAGUUACACUUAUGGGGUUAGCAUGGAUGUGGUUCUUCCUACCAGAAACCACCGGCAAGUCGCUGGAGGCGAUGGAUGAGAUGUUCAGCUUGCCAUGGUAUACAAUUGGUCGAAAAGGGGCGAAAUUAACUGCGGGAAGUGGACACGCCGAGGGGUAUUAUAAUGCAGGAGAUACGGAAGAAGCCCCUGUCUCAGGGAAACCACUUCCACAAGAGCCCCACCCCUAG